UGCAGCCGAGCGCCGGCCACAAUCACAGCUCCCGGCAGAGCGGGAUUCGGAUCCGGACUUGCCCGGGCAAUCAGUGCAGAGGCGGCCGCCGCUCCUCCUCCCCAUCCCUGACAGCCUUAACUUUUGCCGCAGUAGCUUGUGCAAAGGGAGCAAGCUGCAAAAAAUGGCAGGGGCAAUUAUCGAGAACAUGAGCACUAAGAAGCUGUGCAUUGUUGGCGUGAUCUUGCUGAUUUUCCAAAUCAUCGCCUUUCUGGUGGGCGGUCUGAUCGCUCCAAGUCCCACUGCAGCUGUGCCCUAUGUGGCAAUAAAGUGCAUAGAUGUCCGGAAGAACCACCACAGGAGCAAAUGGCUUAUGCCCUGGGGACCUGACCAGUGUGAAAAAAUCAGAGACUUUGAUGAAGCGAUGAGCAAGCAAAUCGAAGCCAACGAUAUUGUGUUUUCAAUUCACAUGCCGCUCCCCCACAGGGAGAUGAGCCCCUGGUUCCAGUUUAUGGUCUACAUUUUGCACAUGGACAUUGCUUUCAAGAUUGACAACCAAAUUAAAGAAAAUGCAGAAAUUAUGCUUGAUGUGUCCUUAGCGUACCGUGACGACAUGAGCGAGGAGUGGGUAGAAAUGGCACAUGAAGUUGAGACCCGAAAGCUAAAAUGUAAAUUUGGAGCUCCAAAAACUAUAGAGAAUGAAGGCAAGUUCUAUGACUGUGAGGUGCUUCCAUUCAUGGAGAUUGGAACUGUUUCUCACAAAUUCUACCUUAUCAAUAUCCGUCUACCUGUGAAUGAAAGGGAACGCAUCAAUGUGGGAAUUGGAGAAAUCAAAGAUAUCAGUCUAGUGGGUAUCCAUCAGAACGGAGGCUUUACAAAGGUGUGGUUUGCAAUGAAAACCUUCCUUACUCCGAGCAUCUUCAUCAUCAUGAUUUGGUACUGGAGGCGGAUCAUGCUGAUGACGCGACCACCUGUACUCCUGGAAAAGGUUAUCUUUGCUCUUGGGAUCUCUAUGACCUUCAUAAAUAUUCCAGUAGAGUGGUUUUCUAUUGGAUUUGACUGGACGUGGAUGUUGCUAUUUGGAGACAUUCGCCAAGGAAUCUUCUACGCUAUGCUUUUGUCCUUUUGGAUCAUCUUCUGUGGAGAGCAUAUGAUGGAUCAGAGUGAACGAAAUCAUUUCUCCGCUUACUGGAAACAAGUUGGACCAAUAGCUGUGGGCGCCUUCUGCCUCUUUGUCUUUGACAUGUGUGAGAGAGGGGUACAAUUAAAAAAUCCUUUCUACAGUAUCUGGACCACAGAUGUUGGCACUGAACUGGCUAUGGCAUUUAUUAUCGUUGCCGGAAUAUGCCUCUGCCUCUACUUCUUGUUCCUGUGUUUCAUGGUGUUUCAAGUGUUCAGAAAUAUCAGCGGCAAGCAAUCCAGCCUCCCAGCAAUGAGCAAAGUGCGCAGGCUUCACUAUGAGGGGCUGAUCUUCAGAUUCAAGUUCUUGAUGCUAAUCACAUUAGCUUGUGCAGCCAUGACCAUAAUAUUUUUCAUUGUCAGUCAGGUGUCUGAAGGCAGCUGGAAAUGGGGCGACUACACCGUCCAAGUGAACAGUGCCUUUUUCACAGGGAUUUACGGGAUGUGGAAUCUUUACGUCUUCGCUCUGAUGUUCUUGUAUGCUCCCUCACACAAAAACUACGUCGAAGAGCAAUCGAACGGAGACCUGGGAGUAAACAGCGGAGAAGAGCUUCAGCUCACUACCACAAUAACCCACGUGGAUGGACCGACAGAGGUUUACAAACUGGCUCGCAAGGAAGCCCAGGAGUAACCACUAAAGCAGGACUCAUCAGGCACAAACUGUGGGUGACACAUGGAAAGGGUGAUGAUCUGUGUCUAAAAUCAUCCCCAAAGUGCCUGGCACUGAUGGGGCAUUUUCACGGAACGGUGGCAACCUGGUGGAAAUGCUGCUUUGCUAGUAGUGUAUCUUUCUUUUGACUCCCCCCCCCACAACACUCUUUAGUUUGUCUUGGGUGUUAACUGCAGAAGAAGCAGGGUGGGGUGGGGGAUGAUUGAGAGUGAGAGCUGGAUGUAUGGAAAGGAGAGGUGCCUGUUUCCAUGUAGGACCUUUGGUUUAAUACCUUAUUCAUUACCCACACACCACCUGCUCCUUCUGAUAUAGGGACAUGAUUGGGAAACAGAGUUGGAAUACUUUGUGCUUCCCCAAGACAAGGUUUUUUUUAUUCCACACUCCCAAAACCUACGUUCAGAACCAUUUUUUGUUCUUUAUUUAUAUCACACGUAAUGGUUAAUAUUUACAUGCUUUAAUAAGCACAUUCAUGACUUCUUUUAUAGUCUAGUAUAAAACUACUUUUUGUAAAGUUUUGGUACAAAUAAGGCCAUUUCAGCUUUAAGUCGGGCUAUUUGUGUGUGUGUGCGUGCGUGCGUGCUGUGAAUACUAACAAGUCUAUCUGGUGUAGAUAUCUUUUUAUAUGCCCUAAGAAUCCCUGUUUACUUGUAUGAUACAUAACCCA